AUGGCCGAAUUUUUGCGGCGUCUUGUUUCGGGUGGCAAAGCUAGGUUUAAGGAUCCAAAUCUUGACCUUGAGCUAGACCUUGCGUAUGUAACCGAUCAAGUCAUCGUUAUGGGCUAUCCGGCUGCUGGUAUUGAGGGCCUCUACCGAAACCGCCGCGAGGAUGCUCAGCGUUUUCUUACUGCUCGGCACGGUAACGACUUUUGGGUAUUCAACUUCUGUCCAGUUAAAGAGAACUUUUAUGACAAGAGCGUUUUUGGAGGACGAGUGAGUCGCUACCCUUUUCCAGAUCAUCAUGCGCCUCCCCUUGCCAUUCUCCCCUUGGUUUCGAGAGAGAUACAUGCCUGGGUAACAGUUUCAAAGGAACGAGUAGCUGCUUUGCACUGCAAAGCUGGGAAGGGAAGGUCGGGCACACUAGUUUGUGCUUAUCUUCUCUCGCUGGACAACUUCUCUCCUCCUUUUCCGGAAGACAGUCACCUUGCAAAGGACUGGGUAACUGUACGCGUUGAUGAUUGCAUGCAAGUAAUCCCCAAUGAUGCUGUCCUUGAAGAACUAGGGGAAGCAGCUGUCUCCUCCACAUCAUCCAUCGUGGAAGAAAGAUUCCCGGAGACUCAGUAUGAAAGCCCAACUAUGGUCUCCAAACCCUCUGCUCCUACGUUACAACAGGUUUUAGACUUGCACACCUCGCGCCGCAUGAAAGCUCCGUCCACUUCAAAUAACACGUCGAGCACGAAGCCGAGAGCAGGUGUUAGUAUUCCUAGUCAACGACGCUGGCUUUUAUACUGGUCGCGACUUCUUGCUGGCCAGGGUCCACGUGGCCUAUGGGGACUGUCGGACGUGAAAUCGGACUUGCACAAUGGUUCCAUGUCACCAUCGAUUCUCCGGAGGAAAGUGCGCAUCACCGAAAUUUCGCUUCGACUGCGUGAGCUCUCUGGAAUCAAAGCAGGUCUCGUUCGUGUAGCUAGCUUGCUAAGGGAUCGCGGAAAGGACGAACAUGGUCUCAUUAGUCUUGGCGACAACCGUGUGUGGGCGUCGCUAGCACGUUAUGACGAUGACUUGGUUGACGCUUUAGAGCGUUGGGAGCAAAGUACUCGGGAUAUCAAUAACUUGGGAAGGCGGAAAUGCGAGUCGUCCGAAUUUGUCAGUGGUAUCUUUGACAGCGACAAAUGGGACAAAGAAAAGAUGGUACGAACUUUCGCUCGGAUGGGAGAUGAUGGAAAGCGACCUUCUGAAAUGAAUAGCGCAGACGAGAGCAUCAAGGUUUAUAGUUAUUCGCUCAGUCCGCUGACUGAGGAGCGUUGGGUAAACGUUUCCAAAGCACCACUUCGACAUGAGAAAAAUCACAGCUCAGAGCCUUCAGUCAAAUCAGAGAUGACUUCUAUCUAUUCUAUAUCCCAGCCGGUGACGAAAACUAGGAUCAAUCGCAGUGGAAUAGUAGUUGACGCCGACCGAGAGCUGCGGAUUAAAUUCUACACGGGACGGGUAUUUAUGGCAUGGUUGUGGUUCAUCCCAGCAUUUCAUAUCGCUCCUGAGACGCCAUCCUCGUCGUUCAUAUUGCCUCGACAUGACCUUGAUUUCCCAAUUGGGAUAGGCAAGGAUAUCAUAGAUGUGGAGUUAAAAAUGGAAUGGUGCCAAGACGAAGUCAAUGAUAUGCCAGUGGAUACUGGCCAGACAGACCCGCCUUCCUCUGGGGUGGAGACUGUUGUGGCCAGCCUCGCUGGUGGCGUUGAGGUUGGCCAAGCUGUCGAAAGAUAA